AAGUGGGUCCCUGAGGAGGUGGGGGGGCAGUUAAUGAACACUCAUUAGCGAGAGAGAGGUAAUUAGAGCUAAUUAGCGGGGGGGUGUUGUGGUAAUGAGAGGGGAGCAGCGCACAGGUGUUUGGAGAGGGGUUCUGUAUGGGGUGGCGGAAAUAGCCGAGCGCUGCCGGAAAUACCCGAGUGACGGCGGGGGAGAGCCGAGCGGGGACGGAAAGAGCCGAAGCGGAGUCGAGCAGGAGUGGGAGGAGCCGUAGAGGGGGCGGGGCGAGCCGAGCCGAGCGGCGCCGAAGCGAGGGUGGGGGGGAGCCGAGCACUACCGAGCGGCGCCGAAGCGAGGGUGGGGGGGAGCCGAGCACUACCGAGCGGCGCCGAAGCGAGGGCGGGGCGAGCCGAGGGCUCCCCGAGCGGCGCCGAAGCGUGACCGGAAAUACCCGAGGCGGAACCGGAAGAGACGACAGUCAUUCGCCAAGAUGGCGGCGCCCGGUGAGGAGGCGCCGUGCGGGCUGUGCGGUGCCGCCGCCGCCCCUUACACCUGCCCGCGCUGCAACCGCCGCCUCUGCUCCCUCAGCUGCUACCGGGGCCACGGCGGCUGCGCCGAGGCCUUUUACCGCGAACAGGUGCUACAGGCCCUGGAAGCCGAGCGGGAUACCCCGCCGAGCCGUCACCGCCUGGACUCCGCCUUCCACCGGCUACAGCAACUACGCGAGGCCGAGGAUUCGAGUGGAUGCGUAGGCCGCGACCUGUGGGAGAGUCUCAGCCCGGCGGAACAAGCGGGUUUUCACCGGUUGUUAAACUCGGGGGAGGCGGCGAAGCUCCUGCCGCCCUGGAGACCGUGGUGGUGGCGGCGGGACCGACCCAAACCCGCGGUGGAGCCACCAAAAUCCCGAGAAGAGGAGGAGGAAACCUCGGUCGGUCCCGCGCCCCCUUUCCCCGCCAUCAUCCCCCCUCUGAGCAGCCUCCCUGCCCCUCCUCCCUCCCCGCUUCUCCCCUUCCAGCUUCCCAACGUCCUUUACGCGUACGCCUUCGCCCUCAGCCUGCACGGCGGCGACGAGACGCUUCUCCCCGAACUCCCCGCCGCCGCCAUUGACGUCUCGGCCGCCCUCCGCUCCCGGCGUCCUUUCUCCUCCACCGCCGAAGCCCUCGGCGUCGCUCGAUACGACGCCGAAACCGCCGGUUACCCACGAUGCCCUUUGGGCGAUGCCGGGACGGUUUUGGCCGUCGCUCAGCUCUUGGAAGGACGGGACGGGGAAGGAAACGCCGACGUCGUCAUCGCUUUGGGUCAUUUGGAAGGAUUGUUACGAAAGGGAAAACGGGAUGUAGAGGAGGAAGAACGACGUCGGUUCGUUAAAGCCCGGCGGAAGUGUCGGUACCUGUUGGCGUGGAGCUGGGAGACGACGACGGCGGCGACGUUGGCGCGACUGGCGGGUGAGGCGCGGCGCGUUCACGCUGCCAUGACAGAGGCGGAGCUCGUUAGCAGCGGGGUUAACGGAGUACGGGGGUCGAGGGAGAAGAAGCUCAUCGAGGAGUUGGAUUAACGGACGACGCUCGUUAACGAGCACGGGGACAAACGGCGUGAGGGAGAGAAUGUGAUCGUUAAGGAACCAGAUUAACGAACGGAGGUUGAGCCGGUGCUGGGAAAGCGGCUCGUUAAGGGACGGGGCUAACGAACAAACACACCACGUGCCCCCCGGGGGCUGUUUUGGGGGGUCGCUACCCCAGGAAUAAACCCGAAGCCUAACGA